UAAUAAAUUUAUUAAUAUUUUAAAGACGAAGCAGUGAGGGUGGAAAUUUGUGCAAUUUUAAUUUAUAAAAAAAAAUAAUAAGCAUAUAAAAAUAAAGAAUAUAUUUAAUUAGUAAAUAAACAGGUCAAAAAUAUAAUAUUAAUUAAAAAGAAAAUUAUUCACGUAAAUAUUGAAAAUGUUGCGAAUCGGUUGUAAUGCACUUGUGAAAACUACGAAAAAUUUUUCUAAAAAUGAAACUGAAUUUUAUAGGUGUCUAUCUUCUGCAGUUGCACAACCAAAAGAAGCUGCAAGCAAACCGAAACCAUCAACACCUGAAAAGAAAAAAGGGCCAAAUAUGUCAUUUAUGGCAAAUAUAUUUCGUGGAGAAAUUCAAUCAGCACAAAUAUUUCCAUAUCCGGAUAUUUUAAGUGACGAAGAAAAACAAUAUACAUUAAGUAUUGUGGAUACUUUUGAAAGAUUCUUUACUGAAACAAAUAAUGCAGCGAAAAAUGAUGAAAAUGCUGAAGUAGAUCCAUCAACUUUAGAUACUGCUUGGGAGCAUGGAGCUUUUGGUUUACAAGUACCUCCAGAUUAUGGUGGCUUAGGUUUAACGAAUACACAAUAUGGUCGUAUGGGAGAGAUUAUUGGUAAACACGAUUUAGGUUUUGGUAUUGUUAUUGGUGCCCAUCAAAGUAUUGGAUUCAAAGGGAUUCUAUUAUUUGGGACACCAGAGCAAAAAGAAAAAUAUUUACCAAAAGUAUCGACAGAAAAAGUUUAUGCUGCAUUUUGUUUGACAGAACCAAGUUCUGGUUCAGAUGCAGCAUCAAUUCGUACUCGUGCAGUUAAAUCUCCUGACGGAAAACAUUACAUACUGAAUGGUUCAAAAAUUUGGAUAUCUAAUGGUGGUAUAGCAAAUGUAAUGACUGUUUUUGCAAAGACUGAAGUUACUGACCCAAAAACUGGAGAAAAAAAAGAUAAAGUUACAGCAUUUAUAGUAGAACGAGAAUUUGGUGGUGUCAGCAGUGGUCCACCGGAAAAAAAAAUGGGCAUCAAAUGUUCAAAUACAGCUGAAGUAUAUUAUGAUAAUGUAAAAGUACCAAUUGAAAAUGUAUUAGGUGGUGAAGGUAAUGGUUUUAAAGUAGCUAUGGAAAUUUUAAAUAAUGGACGUUUUGGUAUGGGAGCUACCCUAUCUGGAACAAUGAAAGAAUGUAUAAAAAAAGCAACUGAACAUGCAAAUCAAAGAUUACAAUUUGGAAAAAAGAUCAAAGAAUUUGGAACAAUUCAAGAAAAGUUAGCUAGAAUGUCAAUGCUUCAAUACAUCACAGAAUCUAUGGCUUUACAGAUUGCACAAAAUAUGGAUUCUGGCAGUCAAGAUUAUCAUUUAGAAGCUGCAAUUUCUAAAGUUUUUGCUUCAGAAUCAGCAUGGUAUGUAUGUGAUGAAGCUAUACAAAUUUUGGGUGGUAUGGGUUUCAUGAAAGAGCCUGGUCUAGAACGUGUAAUGCGAGAUCUUAGAAUUUUCAGAAUUUUUGAAGGAACAAAUGAUAUUUUAAGAUUAUUUGUUGCAUUAACUGGUAUUCAAUAUGCUGGAUCCCAUCUUAAGGAAUUGCAAAGUGCAUUUAAAAAUCCGGCUGCUAACUUAGGACUUAUAUUCUCAGAAGCAUCAAAAAGAGUUGGUCAAAAAAUCGGUUUCGGUGGAGUUGAUUUAAGUUCUUUUGUUUAUCCAGAAUUACAGCCAUAUGCUAAAAGAACUGCAGAAUGUAUUGAUGUUUUUGGGAAUACUGUUGAAACUCUAUUAAUAAAAUAUGGAAAAAAUAUUGUACAUGAACAAUUUAUUUUAAAUAGAUUAGCAGAUGCAGCUAUUGAUAUAUAUGCUAUGGCAAUAGUAUUAUCAAGAGCGACAAGAGCCGCUUCUUUAAAUUUACCAACAGCUGAACAUGAAUUAUGUUUAGCGAAAGCAUGGUGUUUAGAGGCUUCUGAUCGUACACAAAAAAGUUUACGUAAAACAACAAGUUCAACUCAUCUUGAAGCAUAUCGCAAAAUGUCUGAAAUUGCAAAGACAGUAUGUGAAAAUGAAGGAGUUAGUACAACACCAAUCUUUUCAACAAACUAAAAAGCCAAAUCAAUUAAGCAGACUAACUUUUUUAUAUAUUUUUUUGUAUUGUUGAAUCGUAAAAACAAAGCACCUCAUAUUUGAUAGUUAUUGCUGUCUAUUUUAUAAAGAUUUAACGAAAAAAUAUUAAAAAGAAUUUUAAUAAGAUUAAAAGUAUGUAGUUGCAGUUUUUAUUCGCAAUUACAAUAUGCCGUAAUUAUAUAAAAUUUUUAAUUUUAAUUAUCCUAAUUUUUAAUAGAUUAAUUUGUAUUUUGUCUAUUUUUUUUUUUUUCUUAAUGAAUCAAUAUUUUCAUAAAUUGUUUAAAAAAAAGAAAUCAAAUUCUAUUAAAAAAAUAUAU